GUUCGUGCUGGCCGUGGGCAGCGCCGUCUUUGACGCCAUGUUCAACGGGGGCAUGGCCACCACGUCGUCCGAGAUCGAGCUGCCCGACGUGGAGCCCGCCGCGUUCCUGGCCCUGCUCAAGUUCCUCUACUCCGACGAGGUGCAGAUCGGGCCGGAGACCGUCAUGACCACGCUGUACACGGCGAAGAAGUACGCGGUGCCGGCGCUCGAGGCCCACUGCGUGGAGUUCCUGAAGAAGAACCUGCGCGCCGACAACGCCUUCAUGCUGCUCACGCAGGCCCGGCUCUUCGACGAGCCGCAGCUGGCCAGCCUGUGCCUGGAGAAUAUCGACAAGAACACGGCGGACGCCAUCACCGCCGAGGGCGGCUUCCCCGACAUCGACCUGGACACGCUGGUGGCGGUUCUGGAGCGUGACAGCCUGGGCGUCCGCGAGGUGCGCCUGUUCAACGCUGUCGUGCGCUGGUCCGAGGCCGAGUGUCAGCGGCAGCAGCUGCAGGUGACCCCCGAGAACAAGCGGAAGGUUCUGGGCAAGGCUCUGGGCCUCAUCCGCUUCCCGCUUAUGACCAUCGAGGAGUUCGCGGCGGGCCCCGCGCAGUCGGGCAUCCUGGUGGACCGCGAGGUGGUCAGCCUGUUCCUGCACUUCACCGUCAACCCCAAGCCCCGCGUGGGCUUCAUCGACCGGCCGCGCUGCUGCCUGCGCGGCAAGGAGUGCAGCGUCAACCGCUUCCAGCAGGUGGAGAGCCGCUGGGGCUACAGCGGGACGAGCGACCGUGUCAGGUUCUCCGUGAACAAGCGGAUCUUCGUGGUGGGCUUCGGGCUCUAUGGAUCCAUCCACGGGCCCACUGACUACCAAGUCAACAUCCAGAUCGUCCACACGGACAGCAACACGGUCCUGGGUCAGAAUGACACUGGCUUCAGCUGCGACGGCUCGGCCGGCACCUUCCGCGUCAUGUUCAAGGAGCCGGUGGAGGUGCUGCCCAACGUGAACUACACCGCCUGCGCCACGCUCAAGGGCCCAGACUCCCACUACGGCACCAAAGGCCUGCGUAAGGUGACCCACGAGUCCCCCACGACGGGGGCCAAGACCUGCUUUACCUUCUGCUACGCCGCCGGGAACAACAACGGCACGUCUGUGGAGGACGGCCAGAUCCCCGAGGUCAUCUUCUACACCUAGGCCGGCCAGAUCCCCAGGUCACCUUGUACGCCUAGGCCGGCCAGAUCCCCAGGUCACCUUGUACGCCUAGGCCGGCCGGGGCGCUGCCCGCCGUGGGGGACGGCCAGCUCCCCGAGGUCAUCUUCUACACCUAGGCUGGCCGGGGCGCUGCCCGCUGUGGGGGACAGUCAGAUCCCCAGGUCACCUUGUACGCCUAGGCCGGCCGGGGCCCUGAGGUGGUCAUCUACAGCUAGGCUAAACAGUGAGCUGCCCGCCGUGAGGGUCGGCUGGGUCUCCAGGUCACCUACGCCUAGGCCAGCCCAGGACACUGACCACCAUGGGGGCUGGCUGGGCCCCCGAGGUCACCUUCCACAGCCAGGGGACCUCUGUGCCCUGUCCGGCCUCCACUCAGCUGGCUGUCCACCCCCACCGCCUUCCUCAGUACCCAGAAGGCCCCCGCGUCAUGGUGACACCAUGGCUGCCCAGCAGAGCUGCGGAGGUGGUGGAGGUGUGGGCCCCAAGCUGGGGCCCUGUGGAGACAAUCCCCCGAGGCGGGACGAGGUGGCCAGCCUGCCGCAGGCCAGCGGGUCGGCCGCAGCCCGGGCCUGGUGGGCGUCCCACAUCUGUCUGUGUCGUGCACAUUGCAAUGCAUUUGGGAAGUCCCAUUUCCACAGGACUCGUGGGGUGCUCUGGGGCCCUCGGUCUGGCGUUCCGUUCCUUCUGUUGGGUCAGGGACAUGGGGCCUGGCCUGCCAGGAGCCCCGAAUAUGGGGCACUGCACCUCCAGGGCUCUGGCUUGUCCGAGAGAGGACUCAGUGCUGGCUCAAGCUGCCACCCAGGUGGGACUGUCCAGCUUCUCCCAACAGGUCCCCCGGCCACUGCAGCCCAGGGCAGGGCCUCGGGCCCCGAGUACCUGGAGGGGCGACACCGUGGGGCAGGCCAGUUGCCUAGUGCAGGUGCCCGGGGUGCCCCUGUACAUACUGCAGCCACGGCCUGCCUGGAGGUGCUGGUGGGGGGGCCUGCGCCCCAGCCGUGCACCUGCCCUGUGCAGGUUUCCGGGCCAGUGAGCCCUGGAACCUGCAUCCUCCCUGAAGCCAUGGAAGGUGUGCCCUCGCCACACCGCACCCCGGUUUUUAAUAAAGGAAACAAAUACACCUG